AUGGAGGACCCGGGAAGGACCUUCGGCUCCCAGGAGGAAGAGGCCACCUAUUGGAAAGACCUGGCGAUGACCUACAAGCAGAGGGCAGAGAACACGCAGGAGGAACUCCGGGAAUUCCAGGAGGGAAGUAGAGAAUAUGAAGCUGAAUUGGAGACCCAGCUGCAACAGAUUGAGACCAGGAACCGAGACCUCUUGUCUGAAAACAGUCGCUUGCGGAUGGAGCUGGAAGCCGUCAAGGAGAAGCUGGAGCUGCAGCACUCGGAAGGCUACCGGCAGAUCUCAGCCCUGGAGGACGACCUGGCGCAGACGAAGGCGAUCAAAGAUCAGCUGCAGAAGUACAUCCGGGAGCUGGAGCAAGCCAACGAUGACCUGGAGAGAGCCAAGCGAGCCACGAUCAUGUCUCUUGAAGACUUUGAACAACGCCUGAAUCAAGCCAUUGAAAGAAAUGCCUUCUUGGAGAGUGAACUUGACGAGAAGGAGAAUCUUCUAGAAUCUGUCCAGAGACUGAAGGAUGAAGCCAGAGAUUUGCGACAGGAACUGGCUGUACAGCAGAAGCAAGAGAAGCCACGGACACCCAUGGCCGGUGUGGCGGAGACGGAAAGGACCGACACAGCAGUGCAGGCCACGGGCUCUGUGCCCUCCACUCCCGUGGCCCAGCGAGGCCCUGCCUCUUGUUUAAACACGCCGGGGACGUUCAGAAGGGGUCUGGACAGCUCCCACAGUGGGACUCCACUCACGCCUGCGGCCCGGAUCUCAGCCCUCAACAUCGUGGGAGACCUGCUGCGGAAAGUUGGGGCCCUGGAGUCGAAGCUGGCGUCCUGUCGGAACUUUAUGUACGAUCAGUCCCCAAACCGGACAAGUGGCCCAGCCUCGGGGCGGGGCAACAAGAGCAGAGACAGCGGAGACCGGCGGCCCGGUAGUGCCAGUGGACCUUUGGGGGAGAAAGGGUUGGGGAAACGCCUGGAAUUCGGGAAGCCGCCCUCCAGCCCGUCACCUGCGCUGCCGUCCGCCCAGGGUGUGGUCAAGCUGUUGCUUUAGGACCAGGGAGCCGGAGCCCCAUCUGUCUGCCUGCCUGUCUGUCUGUCUGUCUUGCGUUUGACACCUCCCGCCCUGUCCACUCACCUUCCUGCCUGUCAGCUUUUGGUUUUUUACUUCCUUCUUAGAGAACUAAGAGCCGUUGCUUCCUAGCUCGCCCUGUGCUGUGUGGCCCAAGUCAGUCACUGCGGGCAUCAAUUGUGGCCCUGGUUUUGUCCCUGUGAACAAUGUCACCAUCCCUACUUGCUGUCUGCCAGGCCCCAGGGAAGGUUCCAGAGCAUAGGUAGCCACCCCAUCAUGGGCACCCGAGUCUAAGGUCCCCCAUUUCCUGCAGAGGGACGUGUGCUUCACAUCCCCCACCCCCUUUUCCUCUCCCAGGCUCCACCCAGAGGGAUCUGCCUUCCAGAACAAACCAGCCCCCCAUGGAGUGUCGUGGCCUGUAUAGGAGUGUGGUGCGAAGGAGGCUUGGUCGGUGUGGGCUCUCUUUGAACGCUCCUGCACCUCUGGUACUUGAGAAUCUGCCUCUCACGAGGUUUGUGGACGCAUGCUUGACCGUGGUGCCCAGGCCUGUGGGGACUCUCCGCUCGGCCGCCCUGGCUGUCCCGAGUGGAAGGGCAGCGCGGCAGCAGGACUCAGCCGGGCAGGUGACACGCCGGCCCAAGAUCCCUUGCCCUGGGCCUGCUGGCUCUGCGGCCCCGGGCUCGGGAGCCACGCCAGCGCCCUGCCCUCCCCAGCCUUGGGACACACAGGUGUCACAGCGCAUGCGCGCCGUCACCCCCCCCCC